UGCGAGGAGCCGGUUUGCUUCCGGGCGAAGAGAGCGGCAUGGAAGAUGAGCUCGCAAAGAGGAAAUGUGUCCCGCACACGAGCUCAACGGCACCAGAACGCUCAAGCCUUCCGGAAUGAUAAGUAUGAUACCAGCGCCCAACGCAAGAAAAUCAAUGCAAAACUCCAUGAAGGGCUCUGUCAACACUGUAAGGAGGUCCUGGAAUGGCGUGUGAAAUUUAAUAAGUAUAAGCCAUUAACACAGGCUAAAAAAUGCAUAAAAUGUCUGCAGAAGACAGUAAAAGAUUCGUACCAUAUUAUCUGCAAGUCAUGUGCCUGUGAACUAGAGCUGUGUGCUAAGUGUGGAAAGAGGGAAGACGUUGUGAUUCCAAUUCAGACAAAUCUGGAAAAUACUGAGGAGAAGCCUUCCCAAAACCAUCGAAGACAGAAGAACAGAAAGGAUGUAUUUGAGAAAGGUGAUGAAAAAAACUUAAGCGGCCUGGAGGAUGAGGAUGAAGAUCUGGAUUUACUCACAAAGCAGAUUAAAAACUUAAACUGAAACAAUGGGUGUCUAAACAAUUCUUCAAAAAUGAAACUAUUAGGCAUCAUUUCAUUUCUUCCUAAAUAAUUUAUUGGACAUUUUUGCACUUUGGGGCUUGUAGCAUCUGGAAACAGUUUUCACAAACCUUAUGAUUUCAUUUUCUUCAAGAAUCAAAUCUGCUUAAAAGUUCUGUUGGUAGUAUAACUUUUUUCUUUCAUUUAGUAAGUUAAAUGGCAGAAAGCAUGGUAUCCUAUAUCUGAUUUAACAUAUUCAUUGUUUCGAAUUCUUUCCCCUUGCUCCUGUGCUUUCUUUCAGUCACCCUAUUCCUUUUAUUUGUACUUCCCACUUCUUCAAUUUUUUUCCUUUUCUCAAUAAUUGUUGCUUCACCUUUUGUAUUUAUUUUGGCAUUUGCAAUACUCCCUCUGCCAAGCUAUCAUUUUUAAAGACAUAAGAACAUCACAAAAUCACUAUGGAUCAGAACCCCAUCAUACUAGAGGAGAAGCAGAACUGGUUCAUCUCUUCAGCUGAAGGAAAAAUGGCUUUUGCCAUCUUCAGUGGCCACCCAUACUAUUUUUUUCUCCUAGUGAGUUGUUAUAAGAAUUAUAAUUCUAACAUUGGAGAGGCUUCAGCUUGCGUCUUUCUCUGUCCGCUUUUCUUCUUGUAUGUUUUGCCUUUAAAUCGUUUCUGCCUCAGCCUUACAUUAUCACCACUGAUCUUUGUAAAGUGUUUUGAGAGCAUUUUUGUAAAAAAAAAAUAAAACCACCCCCUCCCCCCCGAAACAGAAUAAAAUGCUUAACAAACA